CUGUUGGAGCUGUUUGACAGCGAAGACCCUCGAGAACGAGACUACCUAAAAACAGUCUUGCACAGAAUUUAUGGCAAGUUUCUGGGUCUUAGAGCAUUUAUCCGAAAACAGAUUAAUAAUAUUUUUCUACGAUUUGUUUAUGAAACUGAACACUUCAAUGGCGUAGCUGAGCUGUUGGAAAUUUUAGGAAGUAUUAUCAAUGGUUUUGCUUUACCUCUUAAGGCAGAGCAUAAACAGUUUCUGGUGAAGGUGCUGAUUCCCUUACAUACUGUCAGGAGUUUAUCACUCUUCCAUGCACAGCUGGCGUAUUGCAUAGUACAGUUUCUGGAGAAAGAUCCCUCACUCACAGAACCAGUCAUUAGAGGUUUAAUGAAGUUCUGGCCAAAAACCUGCAGUCAGAAAGAGGUCAUGUUCCUAGGAGAGUUGGAGGAAAUCUUGGAUGUAAUCGAACCAUCACAGUUUGUCAAAAUCCAAGAACCCUUGUUUAAACAAAUUGCCAAGUGUGUCUCUAGCCCUCAUUUCCAGGUGGCGGAAAGAGCGCUGUAUUAUUGGAAUAACGAAUACAUCAUGAGCUUGAUAGAGGAGAAUUCAAAUGUUAUACUUCCCAUCAUGUUUUCCAGCCUUUAUAGGAUUUCUAAAGAACACUGGAAUCCGGCUAUUGUGGCUUUAGUCUACAAUGUGUUGAAGGCAUUUAUGGAAAUGAACAGCACCAUGUUUGACGAGCUGACAGCCACUUACAAGUCAGAUCGUCAGCGUGAGAAGAAGAAAGAGAAAGAACGUGAAGAAUUGUGGAAAAAACUGGAGGAUUUGGAAUUAAAGAGAGGUCUUAGACGUGACGGAAUAAUUCCGACUUAACAAAAAAACAAAACAGCAUUAUUAACCUGUGGAGUCACACAUUUAUGUAGUAGAAGAUGGAGCAACAGUUUUCUGUAUUGUGCAACUUUACAGUAGAUUUCACAUUUGUUUCAUUAUUACAACAGCACUGUAUAUACCUGUCUCUAAGUAAAGGAAAAAAUAAAGACUUUAAUCCAAAGUUUGGACAGCAGAUGGACUUCUCAGAACUUUGCAAACAUAAUAAUUGUUAUAACCCUUCUUUAAAACCAGUCUUCAAAGAUCUGUUGAUGAAAAUUGCAAUGUCAAAUUCCAUUGUCAGGACCUGUUCCUUAUUUAUCGUUAGCAGAGAGUAUAAUACAACUUUCAAAUGUGAACAAUCUUAAAAUUUAGCUUGUCUUUCUGCUAAACUGUUAAGUGUAUUUAUAGUAAAAGAGAAAAAAAGACUGUCAUUUCCUUAUGAGUUUGUGUAACAUCCUCCUUCUCUGGAUAACUUUACUGUAAUUUGACUUUCUUUUCCUUUUGCACAUCUUCAUAAGUUGAAUGUCCAUUGAGAUCAGGGCCUUGAAAAACAUAGGUCCUGAAUAAAAGUUUUGUUUACUGGUGUGAGCAUUUUUUCAGUACCAGGCUCUCUCUGGUGCUUCCUUAAUUUGAACAUUAGGAGUUGAAAAACAAGUAGGUGAUAAACAUAGUAGGAAAAGGAGCUUUGGAUUUGUGCACCUAUUUAUUGCAAAUCUAAAUUUGUGUCCACAAUCCUUUAAAAAUGGGCAGUGGUAACACCCUGGACUUCAGUACCUAACCAGUAUUAGUGAUCUGGCAUUGGACACACAUAGCGGAGUUGUUUUAGAAGUACUAAUUGCUAAAUUAUUACAGUAUGUUUUAUUGGACCAUUUUGAAAGAAUAAAGACAAACGCUGAACAGUGCAAGCAUGAAAUUGAUCUCUUGUGGUCAUGGAUCUAAUUGGAAAUUGAGUUGAGAUAGUUUGGACUGUUUGGAGUUGUUGCCUUACUUUUUAAUAAAGUGUUCCAGCAAAAGAGGAUGUAGCCUCUACAAAACAUACUCUAGUGUUUUUGUGGUUGUAGUACUAUUACUCGUCACAGUACCAGCCCUAUGGUCUUAGCUGGAAAGGAUUCUGGAUAAUAUACUUCUGCAUUCUCAUCUGGAUGCUCAUUCCUAACUACUGUAUUUGUUACCAAAAGUGGUUCUACAAAUGCUACUGAAAAAAAAAUUCUGGAAAUCCUAAUGUUCUGAGUAUUAAUAAUAAAGUUUAAAAUGCUUUUAUAUCAAA